AUGAAUAAAACUACCACAACUGCAAAUAUGCACGCCAUUCAAAAUGCGCUCGCAAACUACGACACUUCGUUCCUUUCCGACGACGAAGAAGAUUACUGCCCGCUAUGCAUCGAGCCCAUGGAUAUUACGGACAAAAACUUCAAACCGUGUCAUUGUGGCUACCAAAUAUGUCAGUUCUGCUACAACAACAUUCGCCAGAACCCAGAACUGAACGGGAGAUGUCCCGCUUGUCGUCGGAAGUACGACGACGAAAGCGUGGAAUAUGUCGUCUUGACACCAGAAGAAAUGAAGCUGGAACAGGCCAAACAGGCGCGCAAGGAGAAAGACCGCAAACUGCGCGAUAAGGAACGCAAAGAGCACGAGUUUGCAAACCGCAAGCAUCUGGCUGGAAUGCGGGUCAUCCAGAAAAAUCUGGUGUAUGUGGUGGGCCUAAACCCACCUGUUGCAUACGAAGAUGUAGCACCUUUGCUGAGAACCGACCGGUAUUUUGGUCAGUACGGUAAAAUCAACAAAAUCGUUGUCAACAAGAAGACCUCUCAUAACGAACACCAUAGCGGCCCUGCAGGAUACCAUCACGGUAAUCACCACACCGGCUACGGCAUCUAUGUCACGUUUGCCCGAAAGGACGACGCUGCACGCUGUAUAGCCGCUGUGGAUGGUACCUAUAUGGAUGGACGAAUCGUGAAAGCCGCCUAUGGUACCACGAAAUACUGCUCUUCAUAUUUGAGGGGCCAGAGUUGUCCAAAUCCAAACUGCAUGUUUUUGCACGAGCCUGGUGAAGAAGCAGAUUCUUUCAACAGACGCGAACUCACUAACAAGCAGAACAGUGAACACGUUAUGCCGUUCAAAUUAGCCGGCCCAAGCGGCAGCGUAUCGGCACACCUCCCACCAAAAUCCGCUACUGCGGUGGCUUCUGCUUCGCCUGUGCCGUCCCCAUUACCUACCAGAGCUCAGCUACACCAUAAUGAAGACGAGAGCAACCUUUCAUCUUCGUCUUCUACGCCCGGUGGCCAAACACCCGUUCUAACGCCGGCUCCGGUUCCAAGUGGUUCGAAUCCUUGGGGAGUCAACACUGCGACACCAUCACUUUUCCCUACUGCGUCAAGUAAACUGGCAAGCUCUUCGGCGUUCCCUACUCUCGGAGAGGCCACUUUGGCGCAAUCUAUGGCUGCAUUGUCCAACAACCAGCCGAACAGCAGUAACAGCGCAAACCAGGGCGGGAAGAACAACAAGAAAAACGCUAACAACAACGACAGAAAAUACGUGGAUCCUUUUGACCCGCUAUCCAGCGCUGUGAGAUUCAUUGACGAAACGCUCAAGAUGUUGUCUUCCUACAAGAAUUGCGAGUUCCAACUUAGAUCCGACGUUAUUGACGACGCUACAUACCAACGCUACCCUUCACUUUUCUCAUUUGAAAACAUACCAGUAUCAGAGACUUCCGAUAAUGCUUUGGGUCGCAAAUUGGUAGACAUGCUUGCUAUCAAACCUGUAGACCAGCCAGCAUCGGUAUUGCCAUAUCUGCAGGGCACUUCCCCAGCAAACCCCGCAGUUUUCCAACUACAACAGCAACAACAGCAACAACAGAUGCUUCUGGUAAAACAACAGCAACAGCAACUUCAGCAACUACAACAACAACAACAGCAGCAGCAACAACAAAAUCAGCAACAACAGCAGAUGUCCCAAAUGAAGGUCCAACAGCCUACUCCUCCGGGCAUGACUCCUCAAUUAUUGCAUACACAGCUACAACAGCAAAGGGCCGUCAACACUCCACCACCACCUGGAAUCUUCUCACCAACUAAUCCUCCUGCUGGGCCCAACCAGGUCCCAGUUUCAGGCAGUAAUUCCUCUGAUCUGUUGAACCAACUCAUUAAUGGGAAGCGCAUCUCAACAAACUGA